AUGUGGAUGGAAGAGAUCGCAGCCAGAGUAGCCGGCCUGCUCGCCGUGCUUCUACUUACUUCUACCCAACUCACUGUUGCAGAAGAUCAGGUUCCGAUCAGCAGCCUCUCUAAGCCAUACAAUGUAUCUCUGAAGUUUGACGAUCUAGCGACCGACGAUAGUGGCAUCGGCUGGCAUCCCACCUCCAAGACCCAGCCUGCCCUGCACUACAGCUCCCUCUACCUGCAGGGCUUCUCUGUCAUCAACACCAGUCGCGCUCAGAUCAAUGCGACUGAUGUCCAAUGCGCUGUGUCUGCUCCGAACGCGCUCUUCGCGGCCAUUGACCGCCAUUCCGGACUACCUUGGCCUCGCUUCAGCACCCGUGACACUUCGGUCCCUUUUGAUCCUCACAAACCCUCCGACCGUACCUUCAAGUUGACAGAAAUGUACUUGAAGCCCGCUGGCGAGUUUACAGGAGUGCCCGGACAGGUUGUUGUAGGAAUAUACGUCAGCAUGCUCAAAUCACCACCAGAUGAUGUUCCGGACAAUGGGAAUGACGCUGCAGAUAGAUUCCCAGGUCUGUUGGGCGGACAGCCAGCGCCUACAUUACGACAUGGCGCGCAACUGGGAGUUGGGUUCCAGACUGCCCGCCAGAAGCCUUUCCGGCUCUGGCCUGGGCUGUUUGGCAGAGAGGUCACAGGGUUUGGGGUGGGGUCCGAUAUAUUAGAAAUCCAGGCAAGCUUGUUGAGAUUCAACGAGAGCAGGGGGGCUUGGGAUGUGGAAGACUUUGGUUUCUGUGUCGACAAUGUGGUGUUCGAGGUGACGCCUGUGGGGAACGAUCACCACGAACAGCUGCAUGUGGGGAACGAGGAGCAGCAUGGCUGCUUAAACAACGAUGCCGGACCCUUGCUAUUCAAGGCAAAUGGCGAGCUUGCACUGGAGGGCGAUCUGGAGUCCGAGGCUCUACUGCAUAUGCUGGAUGAGACCGAGUAA